GUAGCAAAUUUUGGGGGAAGGAGGUAUUAAAAUUGGACACGUUAUUUUAUGAAGAUUAUUUUCUCCAUUUGACGCGUUAGACUUUUUAUAAUAGCUGAGCUGAGUUUUCAGAGCAAAAGCAGCAGCAGCUGUCCAUCAAUGGCGCCUUCAACAACGAUCUACUGUUCAAUCUAUUUCCUACUCCUUAUGACAACCUCCACCGCCUCUGCUCUCUCCUUCAACCUCUCCGCCAUCACGACUGAUCAGACCAACCGCGAGAUCAUGAUUCAAGGCGACGCCUACAUAUCCACAGAAGGACUCCAGGUCACCAACAACGAGAAGAGCAGCAGCGGCAUCCAACUCACCGGCCGCGCCACCUACGCGGAACCCCUGCACCUCUGGGACAAGGCGACCGGCAACUUGACCGACUUCUACACCCACUUCUCCUUCGUCAUCCAGGCCGAAAACCCCAACUGUGCCGCCGACGGCCUCGCCUUCUUCCUCUCUCCGCUCAAUUCCACGAUUCCGGCGAACUCCUCCGGCGCCGGCCUCGGCCUCGCCCCAUGGUCCGCCGCAAAUGCUCCUCUAAUGUCCGAAGUCCCAUUCGUGGCGGUCGAAUUCGACACAUUCUCUACUUCUGAGUUCUACGACCCGCAAGGCCCGCACGUGGGGAUCGACGUGAGGUCUCUGAACUCCACCGUGUAUGCGCCGUGGAGAAACAAUCUGACGGAGGGUGAUGAUUUUUAGAAGUAUAUUUGAUGAGGAUGGUUUUUGGAAGGGAGAACUGAUGGUUAGUAGAAUAUAUUUGAAUGAGGGAGUCCUUGUUUAAGUAGAAUAUAGUUCUCUUUUCACUAUUAGAAACUACACGUUACAUACAUAUUUAUAGUUGAUAAUGGAUAAGGUAAUCCUUAUCUCAUUAUCACUAAUAUCAUGUUUAUCUAUAAUUCUAUUCUUAUCCUUAUCUAUAA